CCAACACCUCCAACCCGAUCACCUCUCAACCUGCCGACCUCCACCAUGGCUGCCUCGGACCGAAACGCCCUGCUCGACAUGGGCUUCAGCACCAACAAAGUCGACCGGGCUCUUGCAGCGACCGGCAAUGCCGGAUUGCAGCCUGCUCUGGACUGGUUGAUUGCUCAUAUCGACGAUCCCGAUACUGAGGAACCCGCCUCAUCCUCGGCGCCCGAACCUUCUGCUGCAUCAGAUAGCCAGAUGACAGAUGCGCAUGACGGGGAAAUCACUGCCGAGGAGGCCACGGCACAGUCCCUCCGAUGUGAUGAGUGCGGCAAGCUGCUCCGAAACGCGGCCGCUGCCGAGUUCCAUGCUGCAAAGACUCAACACACCAGCUUCAGCGAAUCCACCGAGGCCAUCAAGCCUCUCACGGCCGAAGAAAAGGCACAGAAACUGGCCGAUCUUCAGGCCAAGCUGGCUGCCAAGCGCGAGGCCCAAAAGGCCCAAGCGGCCAUCGAGGCCCGCGAACAGGAGCGCAUCCGACGAAAGGCCGGCCAGGAAAUGGCGCAUAUGCGCGAGGAGCUGAAGGUGACCGAGAUGCAAAAGGCCAUUGAACAGAGGAAGCAAGAGAAGCUUGACGAGAAGGCGGCGCGCGAGCGGGUCCGCAUGCAGAUCGAGCAGGACAAGAAGGACAGGGCCGCAAAGGAAGCCACCGACAGCAUCAACACCUGCGUGCUUGCCAAACGGGCCGCACCGCCUUUGCAUCGACGACAUGGCCGAAUCCGUCGCGAGCGGCACAGGAUCCAUCGCUCCUUGGGAAACCAUGUGGAUCUGACCUCCCAUAUUCUGCUCUCCCAUGUGCGGCACCAGCGCGAAGCCGAGCGACUGGCCAGUCUCGGCCAGAGCGCAUCGCCUGCUGGCGCUACCUCAGCUUCGAUCGUCCAGCCCCCGCCGUCUGCAUCGUCGUCCGCAUCGUCGUCUGCCGCCAAGAACUACACCGAGUCCCGUCUCCAGAUCCGAGUUCCCGAUGGCCCGCCGCUGACGACCACCUUCAAGGCCGACGAUACGCUGGAGGCCGUUUACCAGUUCUUGGCCGCACAGCGACCGGGCUCCAGCUACAAGCUGCUCCAAACCUUCCCCCGGAAGGUUCUCGACGGGCCUGACCGAAGCAAGACGUUGAAGGAGCUGGGCCUGGUGCCCAGUGCCGCACUGGUGGCCCAGCCGUGA